UGAAAGUCGACAGACAGGAUAGGCAGGGUGGAGCAGGGUAUGAGCUCAACGACUGCGGCGGAUGGUGUAAAGAAAAACGGUUGUAACACCCGUUUCGGUUGUAAGACCCGUGUCGGCUUGAACAACGGAUAACCGCAAUCACAGAUUGAAAAAAACAUCGACUCAGACCUACGUGACUUAUCUCCUGGAACAUGAGUCGGACCACAGACGUCCUGUCUGUGUUUUGGUGCUUCACAGCCGUCGUGCUGGCCGAAGCCCCCCAGUGCGGGAAGCCCCCCCUGGGGCAGAACAGGGUGGUGGGGGGGAUCGACGCCAACGAAGGGGCGUGGCCCUGGCAGGUUGACAUCCAGACGCAGUCGGCGGGCCACGUCUGCGGCGGCUCUCUGAUCUCCGAGUCCUGGGUUCUGUCCGCAGCUCACUGCUUCCCCAAGUAAGAGCAGAGUCGGCAGGUCGGGCUCACAGCUGGGCUCCUUAAGAGGACAGAAACACAUCGCUUCCACAUUAGGUUUAUU